UGUGUCCUCUCCGCCAAUCAUCUCUGUAGCCGACUUUCCCUGAACUUUAUCGAAAGAAGAAAAAACAAGAAGCGUUCUUCUUUAUUCAUCGCUUCUUCAUUCUCGUUUCUCCCACUUGAGUUCAGCUCAAUUCUCUCUCUCUCUCUCUCUCAUACACAGGCAAUAGAAUCGUCAGUUUCAGGCAUUUCCAGAGUGGGACUUACACAUACACCGCCGCCAAGGCGAAUUAGUCUUUUGGAUAGAUGCAUAUACUGAAUCUGUAUAGACCCUCUUUCGGGCAUAUCUGCCAAUGCUGUGGACAUAGCGAUUUGCGGGCCUGUUCUAGAGGGUUAACACAUAUCUCAAUCUCUACAGCUCACGGCUUGGUUCCCAGGAAACUUACGGCAAUGUCUGCAUCUGUGGCAAAAGAUUCUGGAAUAUCAGUUGCAUCAGUAGCAAUCCAGCCUCCAUCUCACCCUACCUAUGAUUUGCGUGGCGUCAUCAAGUUAGCCCUUGCUGAAGAUUCUGCUAAUUUUGGUGAUGUAACAUCUCUGGCCACCAUCCCCUCUGACAUGGUAGUGGAUGCUUUCUUCUUGGCCAAAGAGGACGGCAUUGUUGCUGGCAUUACUCUUGCAAACAUGGUAUUCCAGGAGGUUGAUCCUUCAAUUAAGGUAGAAUGGUCCCAGAAGGAUGGAGAUUAUAUUCAUAAAGGACUACAAUUUGGAAAAGUUUCUGGGCAAGCACAAAGCAUCCUUGUAGCUGAAAGGGUGGCACUAAAUUUUAUGCAGAGAAUGAGUGGAAUUGCAACUUUAACUAAGGCAAUGGCAGAUGCUGCUGCCCCUGCACGCAUUCUGGAAACGAGAAAAACUGCUCCAGGUUUACGUUUGGUGGAUAAGUGGGCGGUAUUAAUUGGUGGAGGCGAAAAUCACAGGAUGGGUUUAUUUGAUAUGGUGUUGAUAAAAGAUAAUCAUAUAUCAGCAGCUGGAGGCAUCUCAAAUGCCAUUAAAUCUGUUGACUUGUAUCUGCAACAAAGAAAUCUUAAAAUGAACGUCGAGGUUGAGACCAGGACACUUGAGGAAGUUCAUGAGGUACUGCACUAUGCAACCCAAAACAAGACAUCCUUAACCAGGAUGAUGUUGGAUAAUAUGGUCGUUCCACUCCCAAGUGGCGAUGUUGAUGUGUCCAUGCUUAAGGAGGCUGUAGACAUCAUCAAUGGGAGAUUUGAGACCGAGGCUUCAGGAAAUGUUACUCUGCAGACCAUACAGAAAAUUGGACAAACUGGGGUUACUUACAUAUCCAGUGGUGCGCUGACACAUUCUGUGAAAGCACUUGAUAUCUCUCUCAAGAUAGACACAGAGUUGGCCCUUCAAGUUGGAAGACGUACAAAACGAGCCUGAUUCUAAAACCCCACGUAUCUGGGACCAGGCGAGAGAUGAGAGGCCUUUGCCGUGGUGGCUUACACCCACUUUAUUAUUACCCGUGAAUCACUCAUUUCUUUGACGCCAAACAAUAAAUAAAAAGUGGGUGCUUUAGUUUUUAGUCCUUAGAGGUGGUUUUUCUUUCUACAGAACCCCCCCUCCCUUUGUAGCUGUAGCAGCCAACCUGAAACUUUAUCAUCCUAUCUAUUACUUUUUUUGCACUUUUAAUGCUUCUCUCCAUUAUCUUUCCCAAAAUGUUAGAAGGGGUUGAGACACGAGUGUCUCAUGCUUUUGUGUACAAUGCUUGACCCUAAUUCUUAUACGAAUGCCAUGCUGACUCCCAUUUUCUAGGCU